AUGGUAUUACUCCGAGAGCAUUUUGUUUACCUACAGACCAUCGGUCUCUGGACACCAGUUACCUGGCCAUCGGAUAGUUGGAAGUUGCGAGCUUACAGGCUUUACACCGCUUCCCUAAUCACCGCGACAUAUUGGUUCGGCAUAACCGAAUCAAUCAGUUUGUUUACCAUCGUUAACAGCAUCGAGGAUUUCUCUGAUAGUUGUUUUAUGCUUCUGACAACGAUAGUUGUUUGUGUUAAAGUAGAUAUGGUUUUAUCGAAAAAAACAGAAAUUAUAGCAUUGAUCGAUGCACUUGAAGCCUAUCCUCACAAGCCGAUGAACGCUGACGAGGAGAGGAUCCAGGCGAAAUUCAAUGCUCGCAUCAGAUUAAUCUCCUGUAUUUAUGGUGGAUUUGGAGAAAUUUCUGUAUGGGUCAUGACAAUCUCCGUGUUCUUUCAAGAAAUUCCUUAUGGUGAUUUACCGUAUAAAGCAUGGCUACCCUAUGAUUAUUCCAACUUUGCCAUGUAUUGGUCCACAUUUUACUUGCAAUUAUUGGCUGUCAUUUUCGUGGCUAGCGUAGACUGUGCUUUCGAUACGACUCUUAUAGGACUCAUCAUACUAAUAUGCGCUCAAUUCAACAUCUUGAGAGCUCGAUUGGAGAGAGCGGUUGAUGAAUUCGAGACUGGAGAAUUGAAAUUUCAAGAAGACAUCUCGAAUGUCGUAAAAAUUUGUGAAAAUCGAAUCGUUGAUUGCGUUAAAUAUCAUCGAGCAAUUUUCAAGUACACGAUAAAUUAUCUGUACAGAUGGAUAAUAUUUGUGCAGUACUCGGCGAGUACGAUCAUCAUAUGUAUCAGUAUAUUCAUGCUAUCGCAAGUGCCACUCCUGUCUACAAAAGCCUUGUUUUUUCUCUUGUAUUUCAUGUGCAUGCUGAUACAAAUUUUCACACUCUGCGCUGUAGCGGGUCAAGCAACGAUUGAAUGUGAAAAUGUCCUGACUGGUAUUUACAACACAAAAUGGUACAUCUUGACAAAUCGUGCGAAAAGUUAUUUAGUUCUUAUGAUGGUUCGCACGUUGCGACCCGUUGUCUUCAUGAGUGGUUACGUAAUCGUUCUUUCCCUGGAUGCUUUUAGUAAUCUUUUGAAACGAUCUUACUCUGCUUAUACAAUGCUCCAGCAAAAUUCUCGCAAAUGA